CAAAGGCUAAUCAUUGUCGAUAUUUUUUGCUUAAAAUCUAACUUUGUCUGCAUUUUCUUGUUCUACGGAGAGAAAACUUCGACGCAAUUUUCACAGAACCAUCAUGUUAAUUAUGAUUCCACUUUUGUUUAUGCAUGAAAAGGAUCCAAAACAUUGUCAUCGAUCGGGCAACUCAGAUGUCCUUAUGGGGGAGAUGAAGUCAAUUCUUUAUGGUGUUGAUGAAUCCGAACUUGAUCCAGAAGCUUACUUGCAACUAACUAAAGAGUUCUUUAAAGACAAUACACUGCAGGUCGAGAAGUUGAAAGCUUUUCUGGGAGUAGAGCAGCCGCUGCUAUAUCACGGAAGGGAGAUGAAGAAUGCUGAGAAAUCGGGUGCUCUUGGUGUUACAAAUGGAGAUGUGGUGAUGAUGAUCUUAAAUGCUUCAACUUCUCGUGCUAGUAUAUCUCAGCAAGCAAGACCAUCGGGAACAUCUUUGUCAACUUCUUCAACAAAUAUUAAUCCGCAUACACCGAAUUCAGGAUUGUCCAGUAAAACUACUGGCACAUUCGAAAUACCACUUUCGAAUUCAACCUCCUCGCGUUUGGAUAAAUAAACUAUUCGAUUUUUGUGCUAAGUUCACACAAAUACUACACUAGCCAGAUAUGAGAACAAAAACUUCUAUGACCUAGGGUGAACAACAUAGGGAACUUUGGCUUCUUCAGCAUUCCCAAAUAUCAAGUGCACACUGUUUCAAUAUUAAGGAAAAAUACAACAAUGACCCAAAAAACGGAAUGUUAUCAAGUGCUUUUAGACUUUAGUUAACAUUUCAUACACAAAUUUUACGUCGUGUUGUUAAAAUUUACCAAUUCAGCAGGUCCUAUUAUAGAUAUGUAUAUGUAUAGCGUUAUUUAGCAGAUUCAAUUCUGCCUAAGGAAGCACUGAUCGUGGGAAAAACCUCUGUUGCAGAGUGCGGAGUACUAUAUGAUAACAUCUUUGGUACGACAAAUUGGAUGGAACCACGUUAUUAAAGUAGGAUAAGAAGUUAGAUUUUUUUUAACUUCUUGCACAUAAAGAUGAGUAAAUACUUGAUUCUGACUUUACAUUUGAGAAUAAUUUUCAGUUUAUGGUCGUGGUGUUCUAGAUUUUUGGCCAGAUAUGCAUCAUGGCAAUUGAGACAAAA